CGGCGCUCGUUGAUUUCUGGUAGAACAAUCAUCGCAGCUGCUGCUGGCUGCAGUUGCAAGUGAAAGUUGUCGAUCGCUGCUGGCAGGCCCGCAGUUUUGGAACGCUACUCGCGCCUCACCUGACUGCCUCUAUCACGUGCAGCAACGAUCUUUAUUUCUCAUUCCAGUGUCUCUGCUGUUUUUGCCAGGUUGCAAAGUUCCAGCCAGUGGUUAGCAGGGAAGACGGCGGACUGUAAUCUCGGUCAGCUCCAGAAUCUUGAAUCCUGUCUGUGCGCAUCUCUACUGCUCCCUGUAGCGAUUACCCGGAUUAGUGUAGCGCUGCCUGUGCAACGAUCGCUUGCGCCUUGAUUUUUCUGUGAUUUGCGCACUUCGACGAAACAAUGGCGGGUAAGAGCGCAGAGACGGAGGCGGGCCCGUGGACGAUGGUGGCGCAGGUGCGCAGCGACGACAGCGUGUACCGGCGCGUCAGCAGCGUGGCCACGUCGGAGCUGCUGGAGCGGUCGCGGCGCUCCAAGUUCGGCGAGGAGAUCAUGUCCAGCGCCUGGUCGCCGGACGGCUCCCUCUUCGCCUGGGCCGUCGGCACCGAGUUAGUCUCCAUCCACAACGUCGCCCAGAUCCUCCACACCGACCGACCGGCGACGAACGAGAACCCGGAGAGUCUGGGGCGCGUGGCGGUGCUGGACUGCGGCGCCGGCGCCUCCGUGACGUGCAUGUACUUUGGGUCGCGCGUGUCGGACGUGAAGUGGCACUCGGGCGAGGUCAAGUACAACCGCUUCGAGGAGCAGAUGCGCGGCCAGAUGCUGCUGGCCGUCGGCCUGGCCACCGGCGACAUCAAGAUCUUCGACGUGGCCACCGGCAAGAUGAUGAUGGUGCUGAAGGACCACACGGACGCCGUGACGGACCUGCAGUUCUCGCCCGACGGCAGUCUGGUGCUGCUGUCGGCGUCCAAGGACACCUCGGUGAAGCUGUGGGACCUGCUGGACGACGGGAACAUGUUCCGCACGCUGCCGCGGCUGGACAGCGGCAAGCGCCACGUCAAGGACGUGUCCUGGUCGCCGGACGCCAAGCGCAUCGCCACCGUCGGCGACGGCAAGAUGGCGGUGCUGUGGGAGGUGAAGAACUACGAGAUCGAGCGCCAGCUGGAGGGCCACCAGAACGACGUGACCGGCGUGCGCUUCCACGAGGACGGCCGGCGCUUGUUCACCUGCAGCUUCGACACGCGCGUCAUCUGCUGGAACAUCAGUGAUGGGAAGAAGCUGUUCGCGCUGGAGCACAUGCAGCCGCCGCCGACGAGCAUCUUCGCCUCCGGGACCAACGAGCACGAGGUGACGCGCAUGGACCUGCGCGGCAACCAGCUGGCCUCCCUCUGCAACGACGGGAUGCUGCGCAUCUGGAACGUCGCGGGCGACAGUCAGCCGGCGGCGCCCGAGGCCGUCCUGGAGAUCGUGCCCGACGCCAAGAGCAUCUCCUUCUCCGACAACGGACGCGUGCUGGCCGUCGGGUGCCUGGGCGGGAUCCUGCAGUUCUACGCCCGCAGUCGAUAGACUGACUGACAGACACCAGCCGUUCCAUCCCGUGUUAAUUAAGGUUACGUUGUCGCACAGUUGGACAUUGCCUGGUGGAAUUAAUUCUUAACCGAAUAAUAACCAACCGUCGCUUUACAUAAUCCGAAUUGCGAAUCAGUGUUUCGUGUUGCACUUGUUGCUGGCCUGUUGCGCAGCAUGCGCAGCGUCGUGAUAUGACGCUCCUUUUGCUGUGCUUGUCCAGUACACGUUCUGUUAUAAUUAUCCGGUGUUAUUAACCAGAGUCUUAUUAAUGUAGGUAUUACUCAACACAAUUAUAUUUGUAUUA